AUGCCGUCGUCUCAGGGCAUUGCUUGCGGCGGAAACACCCGCGUUGCGGCCAACUUCGGAAUCCAGAGGCGUACCGAUUUGGCCACCAAGCUGCCGUGCUCCGUCGCGAUCGGGCGGUCCACGGUGCGGGCGGGGAGGAUCUCGGCGGCGAUGGCGACGGAGCGGGCGAGCAUAACGAGCGUGGAGCUUCCGGGGAAGCGGAAGGGAGGAACAAACGACGCCGUCGAGGGACAGGAGAGGCUGGACAGGUGGAUGAAGGAGUCGGUGGUGGAGAUUGUGAAGAAUUUGACGGAAGCGCCGCUACUGGUGCAGGUUUACCCCAAAAUCGGAGCGGCGGCGACGACGACCGAGAAGAGGGUGUUGGUGGAAGACUGGCCGGCGGUGAAGGAACGCUGGGAAAAGGGCGAGGCGCCGAUGCCGGAGGGGGUGAUAUUCGUGGAGGAGUUGGAGGGCGACGAGGCGGAGAAAGGCGGCAGAGAGAGGACGACGAGGGCGUGGGGGGUGGUGGUUCAGGGGAAGGGUGUAGGGUGCGGACCGGUUUGCUAUCUCUUAAAGACUUGUCGGGUCGGAUCGGGACCCGGGAACGGAAUGGGGAUUUGUUCGACCCAUUUUUGCUUAGUGAAAGUGAAUGACUUGAGAGAAACGGUGCAGUCGCAGCUGAAGAAUUGUUGGCUUUUGCAGAGCCAGUGGAAGUGA